UAGUCGCCCAUGGGCUAAACAAAUCGAGGGGGCAGAGGCAGCCACGACCACGAGUCCACGAGGUGACGAGCGGCAACCAGGAGGAUGGAUCAUGGAUGGAUGGGGACUCUCGGGGGGCGCAGCAACCCAUCCAAUAAUCUAUGCGCAAUUAUUUACCCGCUAGUGACUAAACUACUCCAGCAGAGAGUCUCUCGACUCAAUUGGUUCUUGGGCUCCCAUAAGUUUGACCAACUCGCACCCAACCACCUCCCAUGACUUCUUGGUUCCUGGCUCCUUCAUCCUCCUCGUAACUGCCCCCGGUUCUUGGCGACGGAGCGCCGCUGCAUGGUGACGACCUCCGCCGCCGCCGCCGCCCGUUGUUCCUCCGGCUCCUCUUUUGAGUAGAUCAGUCUCCCUUUGAAUUCAAACACGAGCUUUCUGUAAGUUGGUUGACAAUGAAUCGCAGUCAGAACCACAUCCAUGACCAAUCUGCUGCAAACUUCUGCCACCAGUUCGGUUCAGACAAUCCGUUCCUUGGCAUGGGGAUUCAGCAGCCAUUUGCGCCAUUCACCUCGCCAUUUGGUGCUUCCUCAUCCACCAAUAUUCCCCACAUGGAUUGGAACCCAGCUACCAUGCUAGAUAACCUCACCUUCAUUGAGGAGAAGAUACGGCAAGUGAAGGAUGUAAUUCAGACAAUGGUGGACAAUGGCAGCCAAUUACCAUGUUGUCCAGGGGAUCUUGCUCAGCAGCAGCAGGUGGUCAAUGCAGACCUGACAUGCCUCAUCGUUCAGCUCAUCUCUACUGCCGGGAGCCUCCUCCCGUCACUGAAGAACUCGUCUUUUCUGAGCCACCCCCCAGCUGGACAAACAGGCAUCGUUAACCAUGUCGGGUCGAGCUCAAGCUUUAUUCCUAACGUGACAACCAUUUCUGAAGAGAACGAGGAAAUGUGUAGCCCAGAGGACUAUGAAGAACUUUUCAAGGGUUUCACUGAUGGAGCAAUGGAAGGUGACAUUGAAAUUGACAAUGUUCUUGUCGGGGAGCAGGAUGCAAAGGAUGGCGAUGAAGGUGGUGAUGCUGGCAUGGAUGGAGAGAGCUUACCGCCAGGCUCUUAUGAGUUACUGCAGCUGGAGAGGGAUGAGAUAUUGGCCCCACACACGCACUUCUGCUCCAUCUGCGGAAAGGGUUUCAAGAGGGAUGCGAAUCUGCGAAUGCACAUGAGAGGCCACGGUGAUGAGUACAAGAGCCCUGCCGCACUAGCCAAGCCACCUAGAGAUGCAAGUGCAGAACAUGAAGUGGUGAAGAGGUACUCUUGCCCAUUUGUAGGUUGCAAGCGGAACAAGCUGCACAAGAACUUCCAGCCCCUCAAGACGAUCCUGUGCGUAAAGAAUCACUACAAGAGGAACCACUGUGAGAAGAGCUACACCUGCAGCCGGUGCCACACAAAGAAGUUCUCGGUCAUGGCCGACCUCAAGACACACGAGAAGCAUUGCGGCCGCGACAAGUGGCUUUGCUCCUGUGGAACAAGUUUUUCAAGGAAGGACAAGCUUUUCGCACAUGUAGCUCUGUUUCAAGGCCAUACACCAGCAUUGCCAGCAGAGGAGACAAAGACUUUUUCAGACCAGAUCGGUGACUUAGGGAGCCAUCAGGAACCAGCGAAACUCCCAAGCUCCACGGGCAGCAGCUUCAUGUGGGGUACCUCCUCCGGUAGUGACAGUGUGUUGGACAUCAAAGGAUUUGAUGGCUGCAGCGAUGACUUCCUGUCGACAGCAAACUUUGGUUCCUUCAAUUUCAGUUUCGGACUAGCUGAUGGAUUUACAGGAGAGCCUUCUGGCGGUUCGUUCCCGAUGAUGCCUUCUGAGCACUUCCAGAAUGCUCAGAAGAAGGGGAAGAACUAAACAUAGAUAAGUCUUAGGCGGCUUCAGAUGUCUCAUCGCGUUGAUCUUGGGUAGCUUCAGAUGCACCGUCAUCUCUGCACGCUGUUUGCAUCCCUUCCACUGUUGUAUAACAUCACCGUUGCUUCCAUGGCUCUGUUACUCGGCUGGGGAGUUCUUGUUUUCCUAGCCUGUUGUAUCCUAUGCAGUACUCUUAUUAUUCUUAGUCUAUUGAGCUUCCUUCUUACCUCCUAUGUUGCCUCAAUGUGAGUGAGUGAAUGCUUAAUUUCUACCGUUAAUUGUCUGUUUCAGCCUUUUAGGUAGCAAUGACAGUGCCUGUGAUGAGCAUCCCAUUUCAUCAGCUUGUGCAACAUGAACUAACUGGUGAUAUCUCAGAUACUGUGCAUAAAAGUGUGAAGGAUUUUUCUCACUUUUUUUCAGAA